GACUUGAAAUCGAAUACAACGGUUAUGCUGUUGGAAAGGAUGGGAGAAUGUGCAAGUGAAAGCUGGCAGAAGCAACUAGCGUUCCACCAAUUAGGUUGUGUGAUGCUUGAAAGAAAAGAGUACAAGGAUGCACAGAAAUGGUUCGAGGCAGCUGUUGAAGCGGGUCAUGUUUAUUCCUUAGUAGGAAUUGCCAGAUCCAAGUACAAGCGCGGGCAUAUGUACAAGGCAUAUAAGUUGAUGAACUCCCUCGUAUCUGAUUAUACACCUUCUGGGUGGAUGUAUCAGGAGCGAUCAAUGUAUUGUCAAGGAAAAGAAAAGACAAUGGAUUUGAGUACAGCUACUGAACUGGAUCCAACUCUUUCCUAUCCAUACAAGUACAGAGCUGUUUCAAUGGCAGAGGAGAAUAGACUUGGUCGAGCUAUUUCUGAGAUUAACAGGAUACUUGGCUUUAAGAUAUCUCCAGACUGCCUAGAGCUUCGUGCUUGGUUUUUAAUUGUGCUGGAGGACUAUGAAGGAGCUUUAAGGGAUGCACGGGCACUCUUGACUUUAAAUCCCCGUUACAUGAUGUUCCAUGGGAAGUUGCAAGGUGAACACUUGGUAGAGAUUCUAAGUCAUAAUGUUCAGCCGUGCAGUCAGGCUGACUGCUGGAUGCAACUAUAUGACCGAUGGUCUUCUGUAGAUGAUAUUGGCUCCUUAGCUGUUGUCCAUCAUAUGUUAGCCAACGACCCAGGGAAGAGUCUNCAAUCUCUCCUACUUCUACGAUUAAACAGCCACAAGGCAGCAAUGCGUAGUUUGAGAGAAGCACGAAACCAAGCAACCUCUGAGCAUGAAAGGCUAGUCUAUGAAGGAUGGAUAUUAUAUGACACAGGUUAUCGUGAAGAAGCAAUUGCUAAAGCUGAAGAAUCAAUCUCAAUCCAGAGAUCAUUUGAAGCCUUUUUCCUUAAAGCAUAUGUAUUAUCAGAAACAAGUCCUGAUUCUGAAUCUUCAUUGUAUGUUAUACAACUGCUUGAGGAAGCUCUUAGGUGCCCCUCAGAUGGUCUCCGGAAAGGCCAGGCUCUCAGUAAUCUAGCAAGUGUCUAUGUAGAUGUUGAUAAGCUAGAUAAUGCAAUUGAUUGCUACACAAAUGCCCUGAAUAUUAAGCAUACACGAGCCCAUCAGGGUCUGGCACGUGUUUACCAUCUAAAAGAUCAGAGGAAAUUAGCAUAUGAUGAGAUGACAAAGUUGAUUGAGAAGGCAAAAUAUAAUGCAUCUGCUUAUGAGAAGCGUUCGGAAUACUGUGAUCGUGAAAUGGCUAAAAGUGACCUUGGUAUGGCAACAAAGUUAGAUCCCCUCCGAACAUACCCAUACAGAUACAGAGCAGCUGUUCUGAUGGAUGACCAUAAGGAAACCGAGGCUAUAGCGGAGCUAACAAAGGCAAUUUCUUUCAAGCCAGACUUACAAGUACUCCAUCUUCGAGCAGCAUUUCAUGACUCAAUGGGUGACCUCACAUCUGCUAUUCGAGACUGUGAGGCAGCUCUGUGUCUCGAAUCCAGGCAUGCAGAUACACUUGAGCUCUAUCAGAAAGUACAGCAACGAGCUAAAGAACAACUACCAACGUGAAGAAGAAAGAAUCCAUAUUGAGCUUCUUCUUCAUGAUUGUUAUUUGGGAAUUGGGAGCCAGUGCCUAAAUUUUUUGUGGUACACACAGGUUCAAUGCAUACUAUGUGCUCAGAGUUCUAAAUUUUUUGUCAUAUAGAUAUUCAAACUGGAUUUGCAAUGACCAUUAUGCAUGCUCAAUUGCAACAAAAGAACAAGAAAUUAAAGAUCAAAAUCUCGAACGGAGAGAGCUACUGAAGAGAAUGAGUGAAUCAACUGUACAUAAAUUUUUUGGUCAACCAUAGCGAAGUAUUUGUGAAUUUGAUAGAGUAGGAUACUUCAGAUACUUUUUAUUGUCUUUGUCCCACCGCAAAGACAGUUCUACAAUGUAUCUUCGAAACUGAAAGGAAUUUUUUCAUCAAAAUUGCAGCUUGCAAUGAAUGUCUAAACUUUGUUGAGACAA